AUGACAUUUGGUCGAACACCACCCACCUUAGUAUCACCACUUUCGAGGACAGUAGGGUUCGAUCUGGUGAUGGAAAGACCCUUACACUAUUACCAUCAGAAUCUUGGGAAUCGGGAAGAAUUUGGGAAGUCCAUGGGACCAAUUCGACUUCCCAGGGGUUUCAGUAUUUCCCCGGUGGUUUUGCGCCACGAUACACACGAUGGUGCUCACUCUCCUCCACUACACCGGGAACCUAGAAAACUGGCCCACUCACUCGACACUCAGUAA